AUGGCGCGCGGCGGCCGCGGCGGCCGCAACCCUGCUUCCCUCCCCCGCGAACAACAGGUCUCACGCAAAGUAUCGUGGCUGCUCCGGCACGGCGCAAACUCCGAGGGUCUCAAGCUCGGCAAAGGUGGAUAUGUCGGCGUGGACGAGGCCCUCCGCACACGCUGCCUUACACAGCUCAAAGUCACGUUCCCGGAAUUAAGAGAUGUUGUAAGGACGAACGACAAGCAGCGGUACUCCAUGGUGCUGAAAGAGCGAUUGGAGAAGGUUGGAGAGGACGAGGCGGAGGGGGUUGAGGGUGUUGAUGUUGGUGGGGAAGAAGAGGAGGAUGCGAGUAGGUGGGUUAUUAGGGCGAAUCAGGGACAUAGUAUCAAGGUUGAUACUGAGGGUCUGCUGACGCCUAUUACCGUGGAGAAGGGAAAUGUGCCGGAUGUCGUUGUGCAUGGGACGGACGAGGCGGCGUGGAAUCUCAUCUUGAAGAGUGGAGGGUUGAGGCGCAUGACGAGGAAUCAUAUUCACUUUGCAUCUGGACUGCCGGCGGGAUUUAAGGCGCUGGAUGCUGGAGAGGCGGCGGGAGAGGAGAAGGAGGCGCCGCCGGUUAUCUCGGGGAUGAGGAAGUCGUCGACUGUGCUCGUUUACAUCGAUAUCAAGGCUGCGCUCGAGGCGGGGAUCCAGUUCUUCAUCAGUGAGAAUGGGGUCAUUCUGUCAGAGGGGAACGAAAAGGGGCUUCUGCCGUAUGAGUUCUUCAAGAGGGUGGAGAGCAGGAAGAAGGACGGAGGCGUGCUGAUGAGUGAAGGUGUGCUACCAGAUGGCGUGGUCGUUGAUAUGGACGCAUGGGAGAAGGAGGUUGGAAGUAGAGGUGGUAAAGGAGGCAGAGGAAGGGGUGGCCGUGGCGGUCGGGGAGGGCGGGGGGGGCGGAGGGGGCGGAGGGGGCGGUGGCGGCGGAAAGGCAAAGGUGAAUGA